GUCUAUUAGAGAGGUGGAGGGGAGGAUUACUGCGACAGACACAAAGCUGUCAGUCUGUGCUGCACACUCGAGUUAUCUGUGGCCACCUGCAUCAUUUGGACGGAUACUCCAGCCUCUUAAAUCAACUUUCAUUUACAGAGUCUCUACUGGAUAUAUUUGUGCGCUGACGUUUCACCAGUUUUAAUAUGAAGGUUCAACAACUUAUUCUCCAGGCUUUAACCACAUCAUAGACGGAAUUGCACCACCACAUCUGUUCAUGUUGGAUCUGAAAAAUCAACACUUGUGACAUGCUGACAUCUGUGAUUUCCAGACAGCUCAUCUCAAAACCUGGACUUCAGUGUUUCCAAAGUAAACAGGACUAAUUUUAGGACCAGAAGAUGGAGCCCUGAUGUUGUAUCAAUCACACUUCAGAGUGGAGACACUUGAACACCUCACUGAGACCCCCGAGCUGUCAGGACUGUGGACUGAUUGAUGUUUCUAUGUAGCGUGUCUGCGACUGCAGUGCAGCCUUGGAUCCAUCGUGGAACCACCACAGUCCCCCCGGGCGCCCAGCCUUCGGGCCGGAGACGCUCCAAACCAGCAACUACUCUCUGGUGUUACUGAUUCAGCUCAGCCUGCUCUCAUUCGACCUGUUUGUCAACUCCUUCAGCGAGCUGCUCAGGAAUGAACCGGCUGUCCAGCUGGUACUUUUUAUAAUCCAGGAUAUUUCCAUCCUGUUCAAUCUGAUCAUCAUUCUGUUGAUGCUGUUUAACACCUACGUGUUCCAGGUCGGCCUGGUCGCCAUAUUGCUGGAGCGGUUUAGAGCUCUGCUAAUGCUCUCUGCUCUCUAUUUGACCUUCAGUAUCAUACUCCAUUCCUGGCUUAUGAAUAUCCGUUGGCUGAAUACCAACAGAUUUAUUUGGACGGACGGCCUUCAGGUGCUGUUUGUGGUCCAAAGAGUCGCUUCGGUGUUGUACUACUACUUCUAUAAAAGGACCUCAGAGUAUCUGGGUGACCCUCGGCUCUAUGAGGAUUCACCUUGGCUGCGAGAUCUGUUCGCUCGAGCCAGACAGUGAUCUCACCGCAACAGAGCACAUGAUAAC